AUCGAGUCCCAAUUAUUUCCAUUCGAGGUCGAGUCUGGCUACCCUUAACUUCACGAAGUUGGAGACUUGUUCAGAACUGGAAGUUUGUCACAAACUUAUGACUAUCGCUGUCUUCUGAUUUAAUAUACUCAAAAUGCAUGUCUUUGAGAGGGCAUUGCCAUUGGCUUUGACUGUCUUUUGCGGUGUAGUUGGAGGAUUCUACACCUUUCAGCCGAUAUUUGCAAAUGAUGCACAAAAGAAGGUUGACCCUCCACUGAGUACCGGGCAAAAGACAGAAUCUAUAAAGGAGCCUUCACCUGAAGCAAAAUAACUGCUGUCCACAGAUGCGUUAUUAAGUUGUCGCAUAAGACCCCGUGUAAUUAUAAGUCAAAUAUUCCUGUAGGAUACCCGGAGAAAAUUAAAGAAGUGAGAAUUUAUUUGC